AAACUAAUGGGUCGUUGACAAGGCAAGGCUGUCGUCAGUAUAACUGCGGAUAUUACAUUAUUUUAUUUGGAUUAUAAAUUAUAAUUUGGAUAAAUUAGAUCUUCAUAUGUAAUAUAAUGUAAAAUAUCUAAUAAUAGUUUGUGUAGAUUGUUGUCAGAAACUCUUUUUGCGUUAUUAAACGAGUAGUUCAGGUUCUAGUCUCGGAUAGGUCAGUGACAGCGAAGGGCGCCGGAGAGUCAGUCCGGGCGGAACCGGACACUGGUCUGUCGCUCUGGUUCCGGUCAGGGAUCGGGUCCAGUAAACCCGAAUCAACAUGGCGUCCGCCGGUCCACCCGACACGGGCUUAUCCGCCCCUCCAGAUCUGAGGACUCCAUUUUGGAGACUGUUGGCCUCUCGGAGAGGGUCCAGCGGAGUUCGAAAGAUGACCAUGACGGAGGGGCCGGGAUCAUCUCAGAGUAUGAAGAAGACUAUUGGUCACCGAGGAGUUGACCCCACAGGAGAAACAACUUACAAAAAGACGACCUCCUCUGCCCUCAAAGGUGCCAUCCAGCUGGGCAUCACACACACGGUGGGCAGCCUGAGUCAGAAAGCAGAGAGAGACGUCCUCAUGCAAGACUUCUAUGUAGUAGAGAGCAUCUUUUUCCCAAGUGAAGGAAGUAAUUUGACUCCAGCACAUCACCACGGUGACUUCAGGUUUAAGACCUACGCCCCCAUCGCCUUCCGUUAUUUCAGAGAACUCUUUGGCAUUCGACCUGACGAUUAUCUGUACUCUCUGUGCAAUGAUCCUUUGAUCGAAUUGUCCAACCCUGGAGCGAGUGGAUCGAUAUUUUAUGUCACAAGCGAUGAUGAGUUCAUUAUUAAAACAGUGCAGCACAAAGAGGCAGAGUUCCUGCAGAAACUACUGCCUGGGUACUUCAUGAAUCUGAAUCAGAACAAGAGAACGCUGCUCCCGAAGUUUUACGGCUUGUAUUGCGUGCAGGCGGGUGGAAAGAACAUCCGUAUCGUUGCAAUGAAUAACCUGUUGCCCCGUAGUGUGCCUAUGCACCUCAAAUAUGACCUGAAGGGCUCCACGUGCAAGCGCCGUGCCUCCCCCAAAGAGAGAGAGAAGAGCGUCCCCACUUACAAAGAUCUGGAUUUUAUCCAGGAUAUGCCCGAGGGCAUCCAGCUAGAACCAGACAACUACAACGCCCUCUCCAAAACCAUCCAGCGGGACUGUCUGCUGCUGCAAAGCUUUAAGAUUAUGGACUACAGUCUUUUGGUGGGAAUCCAUAACUCCAAUCAGGCAUCUCGUGAGCGAGCAGGGGCAGUAGAGGCGGGGGGGUCCGAGGGGGCCGUGACGCCAGACCACAGGAGGCCGCAGGCUCAGAAGGCUCUCUACAGCACUGCUAUGGAGGCCAUACAGGGAGAGGCCAAAGGGAAAGGAACCCUGGAAACAGAGGACCAAUGGGGAGGAAUCCCUGCACGCAACUGUAAAGGAGAGAGAAUACUGGUUUAUAUUGGUAUCAUCGACAUAUUACAGUCAUACAGAUUUAUUAAAAAAAUAGAGCAUUCCUGGAAGGCCUUGGUUCACGAUGGGGACACUGUCUCUGUGCAUCGCCCCGGAUUCUACGCGGAGCGAUUCCAGCGUUUCAUGUGCAGCACAGUUUUUAAGAAAACACUAAAAUCAUCCCCCUCAAAGAAGAGCCGAAGUGGCUGUUCGAGUUUUGUGAGACGGCUUCCAAUGGGAAGCUCUGCUUCUGCUCCCGGUGGACAGACAGUUGCUGACGCCAGACUCCUGUACCGUACUCACCCUAACCAGACUGACCCAGAAGGAGAGAGUGGCGUGCAGUUGGGCAGACCGGACCUGCUCCCACAAACCGAUCCUUUGGCUGGAAGCUCCAGUGAGUUCCCGGCAACAAAUCUGCCCAACUCCUCUCCUGGCAGCACAGGAAUGACAUCAUCUUCACCUCCUCAAAGGUCAGUAGGGGUGGAGGUGCACAAAUCUGCAGUCAUUGAGCCUGACAGCAGCGGGCCUCAGAGUACCGGAGCCGAAUGCUUAGAUGAACAGUUAAGCAACGAAGAUGCCAUUUCACUCAAAGACAUCAUCCCAGAAACUGACAUUUGCUUUUAAGAGCAGAACAAUGACUAGUGACACAGGAGGAGAGCAUUUAAACAAGUGAUGGACACACAGAACCUCAGAAGAGAUGAGGGGCGCUUCUGAGCGCUGGUAUGAUGGGGAUUUUCUCUCAGUGGGAGCUUCAGAAAGAACUCCAGGGCCUCAGCACAAUGAAAUGUGUUUUAAAAGUGAGUGAGAGACGGAGGGAAUGAAGAAAAGCCACUGAGCGAGGAGUUUUGCUGGCUUUUUCUCUUUCUCUCACACAGGAAAUGCUGCUCAAAACCAAUUUUAACCAGAAAAUUAUUGGGAAAGUGAUGUUAGCAUCUCAGUCACACUUUUUAAUGCCUUUGUUCACUCUUAAACGUUUAAAACAGAGCAAGCAGGAUGCACAAACCUUAUUUAGUUUUCUCUGCCUAGCUAGUGCUGGGAGAAAAAGCAUGUUACACAGUUGGCACCACUUUAUUUUAUAGUAUUGUUGGAAGCUGUGUUGCAUUGAUCUUUAUUUAUAUAGGUCUUUAAACCUUUUAAUUCUCUCUGAACUGGUGUGACUAGGACUAAUGGCUGCUGGCGCUCCGGUAUACUGAUCUCAGAAGGCAUUACGCUGUGCUGGAGUGUGUGUCAGAGAUAAGCAGAUAAGUUCUAUUUCUCAGUGGCUUCUGUAUAUACAUAUAUGAAGGUUAAUUCAGUUAUGACUUUUUUUUGAGUAAAUCUGAUGAGAGCAUCUCAUUUAUGGGUUUUCCCAGCUCUUUCUGUGUUGAGUCAGCUUGUGCCAUAAGAGCGACAAAAAUAUGGGGGGGGGGGCAAAAAUGGUUGCAACUUUUUUAAUGCAAAUGCUUUUUUACUUUUUUACUAAGUAAAUGCAUUUGAAUGUUACAGAUAGCUUUGUGUCUUUAAAAUAUCCCACAUUUUGGGCUUAGAAUUUCAUGGUUAGUUGCUGUACGAUUGCCUUCUCUUGAGGUGCCACUAAGUAGAUUUAGAUUUGUUUUUUAAUCAUUUAAUUCAGAAGCUUGGUUUGCCUUUUUAUCUCUAUGCAUCUGUCUUUUGCAUUUUGUUUUUCCCUCCCUGCCCAUUGUAACCAUACUCCUCCAUACUGGACCAAUCAAAUAUCAAGGUUGAGAAAUGGACGGACCUGCUUGCAUGCCAUAUUCUCUCAUAUUUUCAAUGCACAUAUUGCUGCCAUGCCAAGGGCCACCUAAUAUUUGUGUAUAUAGUUCUGUAAAUAUUCAUUCUGUGUUCCUGUACGUUAUAAAACGCUACUAAUGUGCUCUUUUGGCACAGCAGCUAUUGUCUUUUAACUAACAUAUUAAUGACGUCUUCCAAUCAUCUGCCUUAAUGCAGCUAUAAAAACACUCAUUUCUGCUGGAUACAGAAAUAGCAUGGCCUCCAAACACUUGGACCAACAUGAACGUGCUUAAGUCAUUUCAGAUCUACCUGUUACAGAUGAUUUUGUUACACAAUGCAUGUUUUGUUUUUCUUUUUACUGACACUUUCAUACAAACCUAAGCAUUUUCUAGCAUUAUACACAAUCAUAUAGUGUGUAGACGAGACUGAAGCAGUCUGAAUUUAAGGAAUGUAAGCUGAAUUUAUAUUCAAACAGGUUAUAUUUUGUCGAUCUUAAGAUCAUUAAUAGCUGAUUUCCAAUUGACAGGAUGUAAAAUCCUUUAUAGCUAUGAAAAUGUUCUUUGGUACAGUUGUAUUUUAAGACUAACCCUGAGAUUAAAUAAUCUAAGUAAAGAAUAAAAACGAAUGGACUUUACCAGCGCACAUGUGAACACUUUAGAUUAUAGAGGAGCUGGAAAGAAAACUGAAGCUCUCAGUGAAUCUGCCUUUCUAUUAUCGCUUCCAAAAGACCGAAGUGAUCUUUUGCCAAGGAUUUGUAGACUUGAAGAAAAUGCAGGUAGAAUAUGCACAGGAAGUACUCUGACAGUCUUUCACAAGACUGUAUUGAAGAAAUGUUCUCUACAGUGGAUGCAGUAUUUAUGCAUAUUCAAGUUGUUUUUGAUAUUUUUUAAUAUUUGUUAAAAAUCAGUUUGUAUGCAUGAUGACAGACGUUAUAGGGUUUGUGUCAGUGGGUAUUGUGAAGGUUUCUUUUUUUUCUUCGCUCUUUUGGUUUUAAUCAUUUCAGUGACUUUUUCAAGUCAGUGUCAAAUGUUACACAUUAAAUCAUGUUACAGUACAUCUUGAGAAUGCACCUUAAUACUGCACAAAACUAAAGUUUAAUCUAGAAAAAUACAACAACAGGCUAAUAUCUCUGAAAACUAGAUCUAAACUCACAGUUUGUCCUCUGCAAAUACACAUUUCAGGAUUUGUAUCAACAUCUGCUUUGGCACUGAUAUGCAGUUUGCUAUUUUACUGGCCUGUUUUAUUUUUUGUGUCAUAUUGCAGGUUUUUAACAUUGUUUCUAAACUUUAAUAAUUUAUGUGAUUAUUUGUGAAUGUCAAAAGUUACCUAUAUUCAGAUUUAACUCCUGAGACCUACAGUACAGUAAGAUUAGCAAUGCCCUGAUUCAUAUUUUUACAUUUUAGAGUCUAUUUUUAUCCCCUUUCAGUUCAAAGAUUUUGGGUCUAUAAUAAUGGAGCUAAGUUACUUUUAUAAACCUUGCACUCAAUGUUUGCAUUCAUUUCACGUUCCAGUGUGGUGCUUUUAUCUGGUCUGUGCAAUGUCUCUUUUUAAUGACUCAAAAACUGAUCUUUGAUCAGCUCUCAGUGGCUUAAUUUCCCAGUUGGCUUGUGGGGUAGUUUUCUGGAAUCGCAGAAGUCUAAGCAAACAGUAUAAAGUUUUUUUUUUUUGGUCUUCACAAUUCAAGUCUCACUCUCAUUUCUGCUUCUGUCUGUGGGUUUUAUUGUAAUUUAUUAAUAUGUGCUUAUGGUCUCAAGACACAACAAUCACUGCCUUUUUUGACUAACACACAGUACUGAUUAAUCUGUUAUUAUUAUGGGCUAGAAUGAUGUUCUGCGCCUCUAAAAUCACACUUAAAUAUCUUAACAUCUUGACUUUUUAAUAUUCCAAAAGUGAAUCUUUGGUCUGGAAAUACCAAUGAAAUGAAAAUGAAAGUAAAAUUGUGAAUGCAAUGUGAGCAGUCAAACAGAGACAGCUAUUUUUCAUAUGCUUUGUCCAGUGUUUGUAUUCAUACAGUGAAACAGUAAUUUGCACAACACCAGUUUAAAUGAUGGCAACUUGGACUUUAAACAGACAACCUACCUACUGCAAUAUGAACGUUUCUGCAUGUAUGUCAGUGAUUGUAUUUAUAAAGAAAUGUCUUGUUUCUCUUUUUUUAGAUGAUUGUAUGUAUUAUGUAAUCUGGCAGAAAGCCGUUUCUGUGAUCUAAGUAGUAUGUAUUUUAUUUCGGGUCGGGGUGGAGUUCUUGACAAUAUAAAUACUUUUUGUAUUUUAUGUGUUUAGGGUUUGUCCAUGGUAAAUAUUCCUGUUGGUUAUAAUCUGUGAAAGCACUUCCUCAGCUUUUCUACAUGUGAAUGUCUGGCGGUGUCAGAGGUGGAAGUGCUUUGAGGACUAUAUUUUUACCAGGCUUCUAUAAAACGUGUAUAUAAUAUGUAUAUAUAAGCAAGUCACGGAAAUGCCUUUUUCUUGUGCGGUGUUUGCAGCCUGUUUCUCCUACCAUCUUUCAAUGAUGUGGUGAUGCUGUUUUUUCACAUUGUCUUUCUGAUUUAAAAAGAAUAAAAUAUUUUCCAAACCAUUA